GCUGGUGAGUGGCGCAAAUACCGGCUUACUAACCUAGCCGAAGCCCACACAACGCUAGCAAUAUCGGCCCAGCGCGACCACAACACCUCCAGCAACACCGCCAACUUUUCGCUCAUACUAACCACAGAGCAAAAUCCGUCAAAAUGGUCAACGUUCCCAAGACCCGCCGAACCUACUGCAAGGGCAAGGACUGCAAGAAGCACACCCAGCACAAGGUCACCCAAUACAAGGCAGGAAAGGCCUCGCUGUUCGCGCAGGGUAAGCGUCGUUAUGACCGCAAGCAAUCCGGUUACGGAGGUCAGACCAAGCCCGUCUUCCACAAGAGGGCGAAGACCACCAAGAAGGUCGUUCUCCGUCUAGAGUGCACACAGUGCAAGACCAAGGCACAGCUCGCCCUCAAGCGAUGCAAGCACUUCGAGCUCGGUGGUGACAAGAAGACCAAGGGUGCCGCUCUCGUCUUCUAAGCGUGUACCUUCUUUCUCUCUCUUUUGCUGGGCUCUCGGCGUAGUCUUCGGGCGGAUGGAAUGGAUGGCUCUACCUUCGACUCAAGCAAUGCAUCAAUCAUCAGUGCGAUACGAAUGAAGGCGUGUGAGGCGGAAGAUCUGGCGACAAAAGGUCACCAGCCACGAAUUUACGGACUGUAACCUACAUAUGCAUCAAAUGGAGCUCGAUUGAAGGGACCGCAAAA